AGCCCUGUCGCUUAGUCUCGAUCUGGGCCGCUCAUUGCUCGGCAUUUGGGGCUGCUAAUGCCUGUGCAAUUGAUCUGCAGAGUGGUGCGGUAUCCACUGUUUGUUUACUGCACUGCACACUUCAGACGUUUACCCCAAAAACUAUCAAAUACACACACACACACACACACACAAAAAAAAGGACUUCAAAUAUUGAUUGCUUUGCGAAGACAAACGUUUACUCGGAAUGCAGGCCUAGCUAUUUUCUAAUAGCAUAAUAAUAGAGGUUAAACCUACGGGUAGUUUUUACGUGAAACCUGAGCUAGCGAUGUAAC